CUCCGUCUGCUCUUUGCUGUGCAGGUAUAUCCUGUCUCCUGCACCGCAGCAGCAGAUCCACGACCCGGCACACGCGAGGAAACGGCCAGCCGGUGAGCCGGGAGAGAGGUGGAAACAGGCCGGAAGUGCGUUACGCAAAAUAUGGAAGCAUCAUCUCUGCCCUGCUGCUGAGAGAUAAAACAACACUUCCCACGUCAAGGGGGUCAAGCGCCGCGAUAUGUCGUUUCUGAAAGCUGCCAAAAACGUUGCAGCCGCCAGAGCCAAGGCGGCAACCGCAACAGCGGCAAGGAGCUUCUCCAUGGCAUCCAAAGCCAGGGAGAAGAACAGCCGUCGAUUCUGGCCGGCCGAACGUUUCUCUGAACGCAGACACGACAUUCGCCGACCAGAAGCUCUGCCGUCAUCUACCUCCCAUCGUCGUACCGAGAACAAUAGAAGCACGCUCGUGCUACCAAGGAGAAAAGCGGCAGUUGCGGCGAAAUUCCUGCUUCUUCGGCGAGCAGGUGACGGUGUCGGAGGGGCAAAUGAUGCCCGACGGCGCGAACGACGAGACAAGCUAUUGAGAAAAGCUAGUCGCCGCGGUAACAGAGGUUUAGCACCGGCGGGCCCCGCGAUCGAAUACGCCGGGAGGGAGGAGCGGAGCACGGAGAGAACGAAGACGGCGGGCCAGAUGGCUGCCCUGUUGCGAGUGCUGGCGGCAACGCACCAAGCCGUUCCCGCCGUUGGCGCUUCUCCUCCAGCUCGUGUCACCAACAUGAGAAUGUUCGACGAGACAUUGCGGGGGUACGAAGAGGCCGGCAAGUGGAGGCACGCGCUAGGCCUUCUGAGCCGGAUGAUGAGCGACGAUUCGUCGGGCGUUCGUCCGGACUCGUCGACAUUCGGCAUGGUCGUGUCGGCUUGUGUCAAGGCGGGUAGAUGGCGCGACGCGUCCAACGUCGUAUUGCGAGAGAUGCCAGCGUAUGGGGUAACUCCCGACGCGACCACCUACACCUCUGUCAUCGACGUGUGUGGAAAGUGGGGUCGCUGGGAAGAGUCUUCUCGCCUGUUGGAUGAAAUGGCCAAGGCGGGGCUUAAGCCCAGCGUGUCGACGUACAACAACGCCAUCACUCUGUGCGGUAGCCGUGGAAGGUUUCAAGUAGCUAUUGACCUUUUGGAUCGGAUGUUGGCAACCGGUGUAACCCCCAACGUGGCCAGCUACAACUCUGCCAUGACCGCUUGCGAGCACAUGGGCCAGUGGAGACAGGUGCUGGGCCUCCUGAGAAGGAUGGAGGAGACAGGCGGUGUCCAACCCAGUGUCCGAAGCUUCAAUAUCGCCAUCAAGGCCGUGGGAGACAGCGGUGAUUGCGAAGCCGCUUUGGCUCUUUUUCGUGAGAUGUCGGCAGCAGGGAUCGUCCCCAACAUGGACAGCUAUAGCACCGUCAUUAAGGCCUUCAACCAAGCAGGCCGGGUCGAUGGCGUCUCAGGGCUGCUGGAGGAGAUGUUGGAGUCAAUGAAAGUGAAUCCAGAGGCCGAUACGAUCGUGAUAGGCGACUCGACCAUCCACACAAGUUCAACAAGCGCUGGGAUGGAAAGGCAGGCGGGCAAGAAGUGGAGGCAGACCGUUGCGCUGACUAGAGAGGUUGAAAGAUCGGCAUUAUCGGCCUCUCACAGCGGAACGACAGCUAGUUUGGGUCUUUUGGCAGCAGAAAAUGGCGAGAGCCAGACGGAAUUCGGGUCGUCUGGCGGCAAAGCAACAGAGCCAUCGAACCAUAAGAAUCAGGAGGGUCGCGGCGAGGGCGAGGCUCAACACAUUCGGCAGCGAGCGCUGGUGCGCUUGCGAAAUAUAUCUGGGACAGAAAUACCCCAGACCGCCGGCAGCUAUUCGCUCGCUAUUACGCAGUAUGGGCACAGCGGGCAGUGGGAGAAUUCGGUGGCGCUGUUGAAGCAAAUGGCUUUGGUUGGAAUUCCGCCCAACAGGAAGUGCUACCAUUCCGCCAUCGCUGCCUGCGGGAUCUCCAAGAAGCACGAGGAAGCGCUGGAGCUCCUGAGAGAGAUGCAAAAGGUUGGUUUCACGAUCACCGACAAAAGCUACCGGUGCGCGAUCUCGGCGUGCGGGAACGCUGGUCGUUUUGAAGACUGCGUCUCUCUUCUGAGAGAGGCCGCAGCCGCUGGCCUUACUCCGAACCCGGGGACGUAUUCGCUGGUCAUCAUGGCGUGCGGUGACGCCGGCCAGUGGGAGAAAGCUUUGUCGCUCUUGAGGGAGGCAGAGGCACUAGACAUCGUCGCGAACGGCACGUGUUACAACGCCUCGGUUAAAGCGUGCAUAGAUUGCAGCCAACCCGAGGAGGCAGCUGCCGUACUCGCGCGAUCGAGAAAGUACACGACCAGCAGUGCAUGCCCGGUCGAGAGCAAGUAGAACGACGCGCCGAUAUGCGUUGGCCAGCACGUGUCUAGGAUGUCGAUGUCGAUCCUCUUGGCUGUUUGUCUGUCCACCACAGCAUCGGUGGUACCUGUUGCAACAGUUCGUUUCGUCUUGGUGACUGCCAGGUCGAGUUGUAUCUGUGCAACAGAACGUGACUGUUUGAAUCCUGCCCAUAUCUUUCUGCGGUCUGUCGCCGGUCCGAUGUGCAGGGUUAUGAUUCAUUGUAUGUUUUGUUGAAGGUGUCGAUGUCAGCGUUGGUUACGUUCCGCCGUCCUGCAGCAUGCUUAUUGGUUUUGCUCCCCGUGUAUGGGGGCGCAAAUGCUCGUUCCUGUCACUGCAAGGGUGACCCGUUUUGGGCCUCCGAAGCGGGAGGGGAGUAUCUCAAGGGUUCGGAAGAGAGGUGGCAAGAAGGGGAGGAGUUUUAGAGCUCCCCUGACAGCAACAAGGGUCAGAGAAUUCCAUAAUUCCGUGCUAAUCGAUACAGCUGAAUCCAGGCAUGGGCGCCUACAAGAGCUGAGCGAUGACUCC